UAUACAUCCACAGCGGCGAGGGUCGAAAGUGAAAGCGAUUCCUCGAAGGAGCCCUUCCUUCCGCGUGGGCUCCAUUAUCACGACCGACCGCCGCUGGCAGCAGACGCACCGUCACCGGGCUCCGUCAGUGUCCUGCCGCGCGCGCACACACACACACACACACACACACACACACACGAGCCACCGCGAUGGGGAAGAUCUACCAGGUGAUCGUGAAUGGCGUGAGGGGGGAGAAAAUGACCAUCGACCUGUGCAACACGGACGAGCAGAUGAACAGCUUCACGGUGGAGCAGCUGAAGCAUAAGAUUGUGGAAAAGAUCCCCGGUGACAGCAUGGAGUCUCUGCGGCUGAUCUUCACCGACAAGCUGCUGGAUGAAGAUUCGGCCACGCUGGCCUCCUAUGGGGUCCAACACCAAUCUGUCCUCCAGCUGGUGCUAAGGGUUCCCGGGGGACUGAGAGUGUGACAGACAGACAGACUCGGGACUUCCGUGCACUUGAUGACGUGACUGUGUAGUUACUGUACAGAUUUCUCAGACGAUAACUCGCGUUGCCUUAAAUCUCUCCAAUUCUCCCCCGGUGGGCUUUUCUGAGUUCUGUAAAUCUGAUCGUGGACAUUUGUAUGAGUGUAAAGGUUUAUUAUCAGUAGACGUCAAACUGGAACAGCGGGGGGGGGGGGGGCAUGGUCGAGGUCGACACCAGCACACAGCCCCCUCCCCCUCCCCCCCACUGUAAAUGUUGUUUACCC